GUGAAAGCACAUUGACAUAGAAGGAAGUGUGCAGGACGCUAAUAAGUCAGUCUUAUUAUUUGUUCUCCAGUUUGAAAUAUUUACGUAGUAUAAAAUACAUCUUUGAUUUUUUAAUUCAGGGUAAAAUCGUCUCGAUGCGCUAGAAGCACUUUGCUGCUUCUCGUGCUCGUUUAUUGUUAGUUAGCUUAGCUCGCUAGUUAGCUUAGCUUGUUAGCUGCUAACAGAAGUUAUCAACACAUCGCUAAGUAGAGAUCAAGUGUGAGAGUAAAGUGUUGUGAUUGUGUGAAAAUGUCUACAUUACACAUGUUGAGAGCGUUGGUGGAUCAGCGACUAACUGCUGCCGUUGAAGAAAUAUUUGUAGUGUUAGAAAGAACGAUAGCAGAAUACGAGGCGGAACUUUCUAGAACAAAAGAGGAGAACUAUCAACUACUGGACGCUGUUUUCAAGAAACAUCAAGUUGUGUUACACAGAACAGACGUCUAGCAGCCCCCGACAUGAAAGAGGAAGAGGAGGAUCCACACAUGAAAGAGGAAGAGGAGGGAGAGUGUGUUGUAGGGCAGGAGGAGGAUGAUGUCAGCAAGUUUCCACUGACUGUUGUCUCUGUGAAGACUGAAGAGCAUGAAGACAAAGCACGUGAGUCCUCACAGCUUCAUCACAGUCCAAACGUCCAGCGGGUGUCAGCAGAGAGUCAAGAAGAGAUUCCCUCCAAGCAGCAGGAGUGGAGCUCCAGUGUGGGACAGAAGGAGCUGGAGCCCCCACACAUUAAAGAGGAAGAGGAGGAACUGUGGGAGCAGCUUCAAAGGUUGGUGGAGGCUAACGAUGAAGAUGAAGCUCAGUCCUUACAGCUUCAUCACAGUCAAAGUGAGGAGAACAGAGGGGCGGAGCUUGUAAGUCAACACAUCACAGAAGCUGAUGGAGAGCAUUGUGAAGAUAUAAAGUCAGAACCAGACAGCAUCUUUGCUCCACUGUCAGACAUGGACCACAUGAUGUCACACUCUUCUGAUCACAGUGACCACAUCCAAAAACCUUUGGAGAGUCAAAAUGACUCUAAAGGUGAUACGAGACAUCACACUAACAACAAACACUUUGACUGCUCUCAAUGUGGGAAAUCAUUUAGACACAAGGGUCAUUUUACAAGACACAUGAGAAUACAUACUGGAGAGAAACCUUUUUUAUUGCUCUGUUUGUAAGAAGAGUUUCUCCACAAAGCAACACAUGACCACACACAUGAGAACACACACUGGAGAGAAACCUUUUACUUGCUCAGCUUGUGCUAAAAGAUUCAACACUAAGAAUGACAUGACCACACACAUGAGAACACACACAGGUGAGAAACCUUUUUCUUGCUCUGUUUGUAAGAAGAGUUUCUCCAGUAAGCAAAUCAUGACCAGACACAUGAGAACACACACUGGAGAGAAACCGUUUAGUUGCACUGUGUGUGAUAAGAUGUUCAGGUUUAAGAAUCAGGUGAGUAAACACAAGUGUGUAACAGUCAUGGAAGCUGCAGGGAUUUAAAAAGACUUAAACAGUGAUUGUGCAAAAUGUAGUUUAAAAACACAGCAUGUUUAAUAAGAAUGUAUAUUUGAUGUUGUAUGUAGUGCUUCUCAUCUUCUAGUCUUAUAUGUUGUCCUGUACUUACUUUUUAACUUGUGUGCAUGUAUUGAAUAUUAUAUAUGUAGCUACUAUUUUAUUCUAUUUUCUCAUCUUUAAAGAGAGGACAUCUUAUUAUUUUCAUUUGUUUUUUUCCCACACAUUUUUCCAUUGCAUUUUAUUGAUGUUAUUAUCCAACUAAAAGUAUGAAUGAAUAAAAUGG